CACAACGCGAACGCUAGCAGCUCGUCAUCGCCUUCCCCUCCGAGCUCAUCGCCGUCACCGCCGGCAUCGCCUUCAUUGGCCGCACGCAUGACACCGCAGCAACAGCAACAGCAACAACCUUCGUCGCAGCAGCAGCAACAACAACAACAGUUGCAACUGCAGCAGCAACAGCAGCAACAACAACAACAGCAACAGCAACUCCAACAACAAUUGCAACAACAACCGCAACCACAAGCUCCGUGCAGUUUCAUAUACAGAGCGGGCGUGUGAUGAUCUGUUUGGAGUGGUUGGCAGUCGUGUGUCGUGUGUUGGACUGCUUAUAUAAUAUAAUAUAUAUAUAUUUUUUUUUUUUAAAAAAAAAAAAAAGACUAAGUGUAGUUCUUCACACUUUGACGACGACUUAGCUCCGUUUAUAGUAAUAAUAAAUUAUUAUUAUUCAUCUUAUAUGACUUGACACGAUGUAUACAGACUCACACCGAUCGAACGUUGUCGUCGUUUCGUCGGUAGACAGUUGUAGGCGCCUUUAUAUUACAUAAUUUUAUUUAUAUAUAAUCAUCCACUUUAUGUAUAAUUAUUAUUAUUAUUAUUAUUAUGUCAUAGACGUCGACAUAAGUUUCAAUUUCCCAGUCGAUUUUUUUUUUUUUUUUACCUAGACACGUAAGAUAUAGUUAUAACAUUUUUUUUUUUUAGAUUUGCUGAAGAAAAAAUUAAAAAUAUGUGAUAGUUAUUUUAAAAGUCUUUAUAAAUAUUUAUAUAUAUAUUAUAUUCUUUUUUAUUAUUUAGAACAUAACUUACACGCUUUAAUUACGUAAUUUAUUUUAUAAACAUAGUCUAUAUAAUAUGUUUAUUGUUUUUUUUUCGCCAAAUAUUAAGACUUUAAUUUAAUUUAGAAAAGUUACUUAUAACUUAUACAUAUUAAGUCAGGUUGUUUUUUUAAUGAUUAUUAUUAUUAUUAUUAGAUAAAUGUCAAUUUGUGUCCUGUAAAUAAUAACCACCAAAGUUUAAUCGUCUUAAUUUUAUUGUUUCGUUUUAUUUUUUUACUUUUUUAUUUACCAAAACCAAAGCUGACAUGUUGUAAAUAAUUAUAUUAUAAACAUACUUAUUUUUCUAGUGAUUUUACUUUUUUAAAGAAUAAAUCAACAUAUAUGUCUUAAAUAUUACUAUUUAUUAUUUUUAAAUAGUUAUUUUAUCAUAUUUCUGUUGUUUUAACAUAUAAAAUUCUUAUAAAUAUGUUUAAUUAUAUUCUGCUUUUUACUAAUCAUUAUUAUUAUAAAGUUUAAAAUUGUAUAUAAGUUUCCAUCAUUUAUAGUUAAAAAUUAAACGUUAGAUGAAAAACAUAAACUUAAAUAGACACCAAUUUUAAGAUAAACAACAUUAAUUUACCUAUUUUUUUUUUUUUUAAUUUCAAAAGGUUUUAUCUAGAUUUCUGAUUUUUUUGUUUUAUUAUUAAUAUUAUUAUACAUAUUUUUAAAUACUAACAAUUCAUUCAGUUUUGAGUUAAACAAUGUGUUAAAUUUCAAUUAGACAUCACAAGCAAAAGAAUUACUACCUACUUACUUUUGUUAAACAUAUGCAAUGAUCAUCUCGAAAAAAACUUAACAUUAUUUACCCACAAAAUGUAUGAAAAUAAUAAUAAAAUAUUUUUAGUCCAUACACAUUUGUUUUGCACAUUUUUGUCACGUUUAUAUAUUUUAUGGUCUUCCAACAUAGUAUAAUAAUUUGCCAAUGCACAAUGGAAAAUCAUUUAUUUACUUUCACGUUAUUUUUAAUCUUUAUUAUAGCGUGUAAUGAAUUAUUUCAAACAGAUUAAUUACUUAAGUUUUUAUUUUACUAAAAUUGGUAUAAGUGACAGCUGUUGGAUUAAAAUUUCUAUUAGAUAGGUAGUAUAAUAGUCUCAUCAUCAUAGAUAAUAAAAGGAUAAAUAGGAAAAUCCCUUAUUAACUACAUUUGGGACUAUAAGGCUAUAAUAUAUAUAGGUAAAGAUAUUCUUUUUGAGAAGUGAGGUGGUCACUAUGUUUUUUGGCAAUAAAAGAUAAACAACAUGGUGGUUUUUGAGUUAACGUGCAAGGACAAUUGAAAUAACAGAUCCCAUGUUCAGAAUAUGAUAACAUCUUGAAAGUUUAUCACUAAACUAUUAAGUGAUCUUAUUUCCAAAAAAAUUGUGAUUUAUCCAUACACAUUUCUCUUAAGUUCGUGUCUUUUCGUUUUCUUUAUUAUCUACGCUCAUUAUUAAUUAUUUUUUGGUACCGGUUACUAGAAUUAUAAUAUUUUAAUUUAAUUUGUAUUCAUAUAACUACUUAAAGAUAUUUUGAAAAUAUUUAAUUAUGUAAAUAUUUUUUUGUUUUAUUUUUUAUUACAAAAUAUGUUUCAUAUUAAAAUAUUAUGUGUUCAAAUUUAUAAAGUGAUUAUAUGUUCGUGGGUACUUCUAUUACAUUUCCAAACCCUAUUCGAAUUUCGGAUACGAACCAUCAUUUUGAAAUGUUAACUUUAAAAAUAAAUUUAUUGUAAUAAUAAUUACGUUUGAGCACGUUCCAUUUGAUAGUUUUAUUACAUUUAUCACACUAUAAUAUUUUCAAUAGUAAUUUUUGUCUAAUAAUAAUUGAUACUCAUUUCAUAGAAUAAUAGCUAAAAAGAGAAUCAUACAAUUCUCCAUAGCCCUUAUUAAUAUUAUGAUUUUAAUUUUCAAUAAUUCACCAAUUGAAGACCACAUUUAUAAACGUAUUAUUAUUGUAUAGAUUGUCUUGUUCAAUAAUUUAAAUAUUAUUGUCUUUGGCAAAACUAUCAUUGUAAUAAUGCUAGAGGACAUUUUUACAUUUAUUUGUUAUUCUAAAAGUAAAGAUAAGUAAUGUGAUCAAAUAUGUUACUGAGAUGUUUAUUUAUUGUAUUGUAUUGUACUUUUUUUUUUUAUGUCAAAAAUAAUUAUUAAUUAUUGUAAUAAUAUUAUAUUAUAGUCUGCCACGGGGUUCUACCGGACGUUUUGUAUUGCGUGUUACAAGACAUAAUAGGUGGAUUGUAAUAGAAAAACUAAAUUUUCAAUUCGAAUUUAGUUUUCAAAAUCAAACUAAGUAGGUAGUUGAACAAAAUAAUAUGUAAAGUUUAAAUAUUUGACUUUGCUUAGUUUAUUUUUCUAUUAAAUAUAUAAUAUUAUUGUCGCAUACUGUAUAGAUGAUAAUAAUUACAUUGUAAAUUUUAAUAAUAAUAAAACAACAUUCCAAAAAUUCUAAUAAAAAAAAGAAAAAAAAGAAAAAAAGAUGAUAUAUUCAUUACACGUAGUUCUAUAAUUUUUUAACUGUUAGUAAUUUUAUCAAUUUAUAUUUAAAAAAUAAAUUAUUUGUAUUUUAUAUCUUUUUUCUUUUUUACAAUAUAUUUAUUUUAUUUACUUAGGAGAGUAGUUUUAAAGUCUUUUAUACUUUAGAGCUUGGCACUAACUUGUAUGAAAAAAGGGCAAUUGAGACUGUAGAAGAAGCUCUAAGAUAAAAACAUAUUGCAUGCUAAAUUUUAAAAUUACCGCAUAUUGUAUAUUCGUAUAUGUAUCUACGCAUAAGUUAGCAUGUGAAAGUUCCAUUUAUUUAUAUAACUAAACAUUAUAUUUUUUUUGUACAAUUUUUUUUUCAUUUGUAAAUGAAAUCAAACCAAACGUACUGAUUGCAUAUACCUAAUAUUAAUUACGGUUAUUAAAAUGGUUAAUAGUUUACAUAUUAAAUAAAAACAAUUUCUAUUAGAAACAA